AUGCUGUUUAACCCCGAGGGACCCGUAGGGCUCAAGCUCAAAACUAAUCUUGUCAACGAGAUCAAGCUGCGUUUCAACACAGCCCAAGAUGAUGCAGUAGACAUCGCAGAAUAUAUAGCCGUGUUGAUUGCCUCCAACAAACAGCCACAGGAAAUCGCAAGUGAAGUCAACGAACUUGUGGAGAUGACUGUAGACGUUGACUUCAUAAACAGCGUGUUUUCAGAAAUUGACAGACUCACGCGUGAACAUGAACAAGCUGGCUCUGCUCAGCAAGCUAGUGCGGCCCCAACUGCCACUGUAGCUACUCCAUUACAGGCAUCUACAGUACCUGCUGCUCCAGCAAAUUCCUUUUCGAGUACGGCCCAAACGGUUGUUCCUAACUACCAGAACAACCGAGGAAGUCGAGACUUCAAUGCCCGUGGCGGCAGAGGUGGCGGAAUCGCCCACAAUACCAACGGUAGAAACGACAGAUUCAAGAAGACGUCGCAGUUCCAAAACAACAAGUUGGAGCGUGCUCUUGAGUCUACACAAAACCCUGGAAUUACCAAUGUUGUGAGUGGAUCAACGUUUGUACCUAAGCCUCCUAAGGGUAGAUGUCCAGACUUCCCCUUCUGUAGCAAUAAGGAGUGUGACAAGGCUCACCCUACCAGAAACUGCUUCUCGUAUCCAAAUUGUCCAAAUCCACCUGGAACCUGUAACUAUUUGCAUCCUGACCAAGAUCAAGAGUUGAUUGCCAAAUUGGAGGAGUCGAAGAAGUUGUAUGCUGAUAAGAAGAAGAACGAACUCAUGUUACAACAAGCUACUUGUAGAUUCGGUAACAAGUGUACUAAGGAUACUUGUCCAUACGCCCAUCCUUCUCCAGCCAAUUCUGAUGCCAAGAUCACUACUUUAGAAUGGUGUUCUUCUGGUAAAACAUGUACGGAUGCUAGUUGUACCAAGGCACAUCCUCCUCCACUCACUGCAUUACCAGUAAAAGAAGCUUCUGGUGAAAUAGCAUUGGAACAGUGUAAGUUUGGUUCACAGUGUACCAACUACAAGUGUCCCAGAAGGCAUGCUACGUCUCAUGUUCCAUGUCGUGAAGGUGCCAACUGUAAAAGAUACGACUGUGUGUUCGCCCACCCUUUCAACGAAGUGUGUCGUUUCAACGAAAAGUGCAGCAAUAAGUUCUGUAUGUACCAACACCCCAACGGUAGAUCCAUUGCAUCCAACACCUGGACUCAAGAAGGAGGAUCUGCUCCAACCAACGCUAGAGCGUUUGCUGUUCCUGACGACCAAGUCAUGGAACAAGCUGUUCAAGAUUAGUACUCCUAUUUAAUUUGUCACUAUCAAUUUUGACAUAUUAGUUUGGUUACUUUCUCGAAGAAGUUUACUUGUUAUAUGCUAAAACCUGUUUAUAUUGACAAAAAUGAAAGAAU